AUGGUUUCAAAGAAGAAAAAACCCGGAAAUAUCUAUAUCCGCGCUCUGUCGAAAACUUGGAAAGAUUUCAGUCAAAUAACAUCUAUUCAUGGAUUGAAGUACACUACGGAUCCCACCGGCAACGCGUUCACCAAGGCUAUUUGGAUUUUCAUCGCACUAACAUCGUUUGCAGUUGCAAAUUGGUUGGUAUACACUUUCUACUUAGACUUUAUUGGCAAUCCAACGCGUCUCAACAUUGAAACGGAUCAUGCUCCUCUCUCGGAAUUAAUGUUUCCAGCGAUAACAAUAUGCUCAAGCAACUAUAUAAACUCCAUUAAGACACGGAAGUUUAUAGAUGGAUUAAAAUUACCCCCUAACGUCACAAAGGAAACGAUGUAUGGUUACUUCAGUCAAGUUAUUGGUUUUCGCGUAAAGACCGAGUAUAACGAAGAUGAUUUAAAUGAACUUCAGCGAAUAAUCGAUGAUAAUCGCUAUACUAUAACGGACACGAUGCUCGUCAUCUACCUUCGUAAGCAUGCCACCAUGCACGGGUUGUCUAAUGGCCUCUCCAUUAUUGCAACGCCAAUUUUCGAUGAUGCAGCAAUUACCGCCACAUAUUCAUACGGCGUGAAAUUGCUGGUUCAUAAGAACAAUGUGUUCCCGUCAGAAACUACCAUUGAGAAACUAAUCCCGAUUCAUAGUGAGGUCCUGGUACGAAUUCGUCCUACCGUAAUAACGUGCUCUAAUCAGGUUCGACAACUGGGUGUUACGGAACGUAAUUGCCUAUUUCCUGAGGAGAGACGAUUGCGAUUCUUUUCCGAGUACGACGAUGAAAACUGUAUCAUAGAAUGUCAGAUAUUGAGUAUCAUCGAAAGGUGCGAAUGUGUCCCAUAUUACUUCAUUGAGGUGCCGAACAUCCCUGUGUGCAACUUCACGAAGAUACCAUGCUUAGUGGAUAAUUUCGAACACACGAUAGUCCGUAAGGAGAGUGCUGAAUAUCGAUGUGAAUGCCCACCAAGCUGCCAGAAUACUAUCUUUGAUGUACAAACAAACGCUAUACCACUUUCCAUAACGAAUUUCACCAUUGUGGACUUCUAUGACCGCCUACCGGAAUUUUCUACUGUCAUCCAUGUAUUUCUGAAUUCACAAGUAUACAAAAAGUUGAGAAGGGAUCUUUUAACCAACUUCAUAUCUUUAAUAUCCAACUUUGGGAGCGCAUAUAGCCUUUUCAUUGGAAUGAGUAUUGUGUCCGUCAUCGAAAUCCUUUAUUUCUUUACAUUCGUGCUGAGGCAUAACAUCAAGAAAAUAGCAGAGGAAGAUAGAAAAGCCACACUUUUCACUAGACGCAUAGAGAAAUUCAACUUUCAGCCAAGGAAUGAAGAACGAAUUGAUCGCACCCCAGGUUUACAUAUACUAAACUGAAAUGAA